AUGAAAUCAGGAUCUGAGCCCAGCGCCAAAUCCGCUCAACCUGCAGCCAAAAGUCAGAGCAGAUCUGCUGGCUCUGGCAAACAGGCCGCACCAACGGUCACCAAACAGGCCGUACGAGCCGCCAAUGAAGCAGCACCUGCUGCCAAACAAGCCGCACCGCCUGCUGCGAGAUCCCCUGCGCAACCGACUAGAAAAGGGAAGAGACCAUACCAUCACGUCAAAUCUAAGCCCGCGUGUGAGCCAUGUCGCCGCGCGAAAAAGAAGUGUACUCACACGCUUGAAGAAGUCCAGGCCAUCAACGCAACAGAGGCAGCAAAGGAGGCAGAGGCGGCAGAGGCAGCCGCGCUAGCAGAAGAGGAGGAAGGCAGUGACACGCCGCAAGCACCAAAGGCGAAGAAGGGCAAGAAGAGAAAGCAUGGCGAUGACGACAGUGAUGAUGGCCCGGGCCAGAAACUAAUCCUGAAGGGACCAAAGGGAAAGCAACCUGAGACACAAGCACAGGACAAAGCUGGGCAGCCCAAGAAAAGGGGAAGACCUCCUAAGGCUUCUCCAGUCGCCCCUCGGUCUCCUGUUGCCGGGCCCUCAGGCAGUGCUGCCUCUUCACCCUAUUCCGAUCCAUUGGACACAUCAGGCGAGAUUGUGACGCACGAGUUCAUGAGUCGGCAAUUGCGAAAGUGCCUCGACGGGGCCGAGGCCAGAUGGAAAGAGGCCAUGGACGCCAUGGCGACGGCCGAGCAGGCUUUGGAUGCUUGGAGAGACUUUUACGUGAAGAGCGGUUGA